AUGACACUUUGGUGCUUACUUUUUGCUUUGGUGCUUGGAACUGCAUCUGCUGGAUGGCUCCGAGGACCUGAAGAACGCAUCGUGAACGGGCAGCCCGUAAGAAGUCACAUUCCUUUUCAAGUGGCCCUGAUAGAAAAUAAGUCUGUGAAGUGUGGUGGUGCUAUAUACAGCGAAAGGAUCAUUCUGACUGCAGCGCACUGUGUAACGUACAGUCAGGUCGAACGUUUAUCAGUACGGGCCGGAUCUGCUUCUUGGAAUUGUAGUGGACAAUUGCUAGCUGUACAGAAAGCUAUUAUCCACGAACAUUUUUAUUCGGAAAAGUAUCAGGCUGAUAAUGAUAUAGCAGUGCUUCUUCUGAGCUCACCACUCAAGUUUGACAAUUCCACGAAAAAUAUCGAACUGGCCGAGAGUGCUCCCUGCGAUGGAACCCCGGCUGUAGUUAGCGGUUGGGGAAGUGAACUUUUUGAACCUGGUGAUAAAGAUAGGUUGCAUUCCAUUGAAGUGACCGUAAAAGAUCGAAAUAGGUGCCAGCAAGGCUACAAUGUAUUGGAUGCAUUAUUGGCUGAAGACAAGACUAUAGAUAUAGGGGAGGACAAAGUCUGUGCUUCCUCAUAUGGCGACGGUGCUUGCUUCGGAGAUUCCGGAGGACCUUUGUACACCUCGGAACCCACUCAGCUCAUUGGCAUCGUGUCUGGAGGGUUCCGUUGCCUGACGCCUGGCUUAUACACCAAUGUUGCAUUUUUCAAGACAUGGAUCGAGAGUGCUGUAAGCCGUUUAAUUUGAUCUCAGGAAUCCUUGAGAAUAAAGCAAUAAAAAAAAUGUUUUAUGAAGUUGUUUACAAAUUUUAUUAUGCAUUUAUGAGAGUUAUAAUUACUCUGCAUCUUUUUUUCCGGUAAUUAUUUUCUUACAGUAAGGGAACCUAAAUAAUAAAUAAAAAAUAAAACCUCAAUUAUUAUUCUUCUUCAUUAAAAUACGCACAAAAAUUGUGUUGAAAAAAAGCUGUUUAUGCUAGGACUUACAACUUUUACACUUUGAUUUAUGAAUUAUCUGUCACUAUAAACAAGAUGGUAAACUGGUCGUACAAGGAUUCUAGUCUAGAAAGUAUAUAAUGACACUUUGGUGCUUACUAUUUGCUUUGGUGUUUGGAACUGCAUCUGCUGGAUGGCUUUAUUUUGUACCCUUGUGAAAAAAGGCCCAUUUACCAAAGAUU